AUGGCUUUUGCUAUCGAAGUACCCGGAGAAUCGGUUCCCCUGGGCCCGCAGCAGGUCUACCAGGCUCUACAAUCUGCUGGAUCAUCUCAACAACUCCAUAUCCAGACCGGCACACAACAACUUCAGGCUUGGGAGACACAGCGGGGUUAUUAUACAUUACUGCAGGCAGUGUAUCACGAUAAGUCACUGCCUACAGAAGUCCGAUAUCUUGCAAUUAUCCAACUCAAAAACGGCAUCGACAAAUACUGGCGGAAAACGGCCACAAGCGCCCUCACCAAGGAAGAGAAGGCUGAGAUACGGCAGCAUCUAAUAGUGGGAGGAAUUGAAGAGGCCGACACAAAUCUUGCUCUACAGAACGCUUUGGUUGUAGCAAAAGUAGUCCGCAUAGACUACCCACUGGACUGGCCGAAUGUCCUCACAAAUCUAAUCAAGGUCUUACGCACCGCACACCAGACAAACCAGUUGCAUCUACGACGGGGCAUGUUAAUCCUGCUACAAGUGGUAAAAGAGUUAUCUACCGCGCGAUUACGAACUUCCCAGACGAGCCUACAAUCCAUCACACCGGAAAUCGUUUUCUUGCUCAACGAGAUAUAUACGCAGAAGGUCGCGCAAUGGAUUGGAUUUCUCAAUGGAAAUGGCGACGAUGAGGGAGGAGCAAUGGAGGCUAUGGAGAAUAGCCUGUUUGCUAUUAAAAUCCUUCGGCGGCUAUUGGUUGUUGGCUACGAAUAUCCCAACCAUUCUAAAGAUGUUCAGCAACUUUGGGAAGCCUCUCAGCAUCAAUUUGGCCAGUUUUUGGAGAUGGUCUCUCGGGAGCCGCCUUUCUUGGUCUCUCCAGCCAAGGACCUGGUUGAAAAACAUUUGCUUCAGUUUUCAAAGCUUCAUGUCCAAAUGUCAAGUACGCAUCCCGCUGCGUUCGCACUGCUUCCUAGCUCUCUGGAUCUGGUAAGGGCAUAUUGGGGUCUAGUAGUCAAAUUUGGCGAGUCUUAUGGCUCGGCAACUCAUGAUUUCAGCUCGAAAGCUAUGGAUCAGGAUGAGAAUACGAAGAACCAGAGACCCGUGAUGGAAAAGUUAUGUCUAAAGGGCUUAACACUGCUACGAGCUUGCUUGAAGAUGGUUUUCAGCCCUGCGCAUUCAUUCAAGUAUCGGUCAGCUGAGGUCAAGACAGAGCAACAGGAAGGCGUCGCAUUAAUUAAGGCACAGUUACUCACAGAUGAGCUGAUCUGCCAAAUGGCUAAUGUCAUUGUCACUAAAUUCUUCGUCUUCCGACAAGUCGACCUCCAGGCUUGGGAAGAAGAGGAGGACGAAUGGGAAAUUAGAGAGGAAGGUGGCGGCGAUACUUGGGAAUUCGAAGUCCGGCCAUGCUCAGAGAAACUCUUCAUGGAUCUCGUUAUCAAUUUCAAGCACCUCCUCGUCGACCCUCUAUUGUCCUUUUUCCAGUCUGUAGCUGGCACUGAUCAAGCCUCAGUGGUGACAAAAGAUGCGGUGUACACUGCUAUGGGCCUUUCAGCCCCAGUCGUCUUCCAGAGUUUUGAUUUCGAUUCUUUCUUGACAUCAACCUUAGUCAAAGAUGUACAACAAGCCGGGCCAGGCUACAAGGUUCUCCGUCGAAGAAUUGCCAUUUUACUUGGUCAAUGGAUAACCAUCAAGAUCUCGGAGCAAAAUAGGCCUCUCGUUUAUCAGAUUUUCCAACACCUCUUAAAGAAAGAGGACGAGACAAAUGACUACGUGGUGCGUGUGACGGCAGCGCGGCAGUUCAAAGCCGUUGUAGAUGAUUUUAGCUUCGCUGCAGAAGGAUUCCUGCCCUAUGCCCCGGAUUUCCUUGAUCGCAUUAUGGCUCUGAUCCAAGAAGUGGAAAAUACAGAAACCAAGAUGGCAAUAUUAGACACCAUUCGAGUGAUAGCUGUACGACUUGAAAACCAUGUCUCGCCAUUUGCAGAUCAGAUAGUCUCGAUAUUACCAGGCCUCUGGGAAGCAUCUGGCGAAGAACACUUGUUGAAGCAAGCGAUCUUGACCCUCAUGUCCACGUUAGUGACGGCAAUGAAAGACCAGGCGCAGCGAUAUCACGCCUUGAUCCUACCACUUAUCCAACGAGCUGUUGAGCCUGGUUCGGAAAUGCAAAUCUACUUAAUGGAGGAAGCACUUGACCUCUGGUCUACUAUCCUCGCGCAAACUCCCGCUCCUGCGAGCUCCGAUGUGCUUGCCCUAGUAGAUUCCGCCUUCCCAUUGCUCGAGAUUGGAUCAGACAACCUGAGGACGGUCCUCAACAUCAUCGAGUCGUAUAUCCUACUUGCCCCAGAAGCCAUGCUCGGAGAUGGGGUCAGACUAAGACUCGUCUCAUAUAUGGCCAACCUCCUCGGCGUCAAGAAGAGAGAUCUCGCAGGGCUGGUAACGACUAUCGUUGAGAACAUGAUCCGCGCUGCCGAAGCCCUCGGAGGAUCUAACGGCGUAACUCUCAUUGCCAAAGACCUCCACGAAUCGGGCUACACGGACAAAAUCCUUGAAGGCUUACGAGACGCAUGGGAAGCCCACCAGACCGCCGGACCCAACCGUCGAUAUCCCAAACUCGACGAUGUAGUCGAAACAGACUACUUCACGGUCCUCGCCCGUCUCGCCCUCGCCGAUCCUUCUGUACUCAUCACAAUCAUGAACUCAGUCGGUAAUGCGAGCGAAGUCUGGUCCUGGCUCAGCACAGAAUGGUUCCGGCAUUUCGACAGCAUGGCCAACAUCGACCGCCAAAAGCUCUCCUGCCUAGCCAUAACCCGCCUCCUGGAACUCCCUCCGCCAAUGACACCGGUAAUCCUCUCUCGCCUCCAAGAUUACUUCGCCAUGUGGACAAGCGUUAUCACGGAGAUGUCCACAGGCCGCGACGACGGGGACGACAACCUCAUUUGGGUGUCCUCGGAAGGCCACGAACACGAGGGGCCUGAAGAUAUACGGAAGCGAUUACACGGCGCGCACGAUCCCGUGCACACCGUGCAUACGUUUAAGUUCGUCAAGGAGAGAUUGGCAGGUGUGGUGAAUGUCUGUGGCGGCGACGAGCAAUUCCAGAGGGAUUGGGCUGCUAAUGUCGAUAAGGAUGUUCUGGGCGGGUUCCAGAGGUUGGGCACUCAGAUUCAUAAUGACCCCGCGACGUUCUGGGAUAGGCGAGAUUGA